AGUUUGUUUUCCUCACAAUUGGCCAUGGCGGUACUAUCUCAAAAAGCAUCUUGAAAAACCCCCAUUACUAACUUGAUUUCCAAUAAUAUGCCCAGAUAUAAUCAAGAAAUUCCACCAGCUACAAUUGUCGCCGAAAAUAAUCCAGGAGUAGGUAAAACAAAAGAUGCAGAGGAUACGACAAAAAGUAAAGACGAAACCAAGGAAUCCACCACCGAUGAUGAACGUGUAACAUUCCAUUGCAAAUUGUGUGGUCUCCAUGAAAGGGUACACUACUUUGGCCGGGAUCCACCAUUUGUUUAUGGACUUGAAUUUUGUGAAGCCACCUACAUUAUGCGUGAUCCCUUUCAACCGCCCAUACCUAAGUGGAAAUCAAAACCGGAGUAUUUUAUAGCAAUAGGAGCCCAUUGUAUACGAUGCAAUGAAAUGGUGUGUAAGGAUACUACAUGUAGUUUUUAUUUUAAAAACACCUAUUGUCUGACGUGUACAAAGAUAUUGGCGAAUACAUUUCCCAUGGAUAUUCAAGUCAAACUAAAGAAACAACUUGCAAUGGUGCAUUAAGCAAUGGAA